AUGAAGUACUACUAUUGUCCAGCAGCUCAGACCAUCAGCCCCAAGCCUUACACCAAUGACUUUGGACUUCCGAUCACCUGCAAGGGGAAAGCAGCUCUGAAGCCGGUCCGCAAUGUCCACUUCCCAAAUGAAAUUGUGUUCCAGGAUUACAUCAGACAGGGAGAGAUGGAGAGGAUUGGACUCUUCAUCAGAUCCAAACGGGUCAGUCUGGACACCCUCUACCCCUCAGGAAUGGCCGCUAUUCACGAAGCUGUUCUGUCUGGGAACCUGGACUGUGUGAAGCUGCUGCUGAGCUACGGAGCAGACAUCCAUCAGAGAGACGAGGACGGCUGGACCCCUCUGCACAUGGCCUGCAGCGACGACUACCCCCACAUCGCACGGUACCUUCUCUCUCUGGGAGCAAAUCGAGACCUUGAAAACGACAAUGGGGAGAAACCAGAAGAUUUGAUCGACCCAGACAGCAAGGAGUUGAUGCAGCUUUUUGGCCUCGUUACAAAUGACUGA